GGUGCUGAUAGUGCGCAUGCGUGGCUGAGCAGGAAGUGAUCCUGCAGAGCAUGUAUCGCUUGUCCUGGGUUCUCCUCUAGAACAUGGGACCUCUGUGAGCUCAGGUUGCUUCAGCCUCUGUGGACCUGAAGCCUGGCCUCCUGCUGCUGCUCCACCAUGGCCUCCAGGUCCUCUCUGCUCCUGCUCUCCUGGUCCAGAUUCAGACUCUGUGCAUCCAGAACUCCCUGCUUCGCAUCCGGACCAUCGACCCAAACGACUCCUCUUCCUCACGUCUCAGUCUGCAGACGCUCUUUGUCUAGUAACGUUAAAGUGCGCUCCUAUCUGCAGUAUGUAAAGCGGAAGCUCAAGUCCCCCCCGACCCCCCCCUACACCCACGUGUGCCAGGUAGGAGACCCCGUCCUGCGUUCUGUGGCAGCCACUGUGGACCCGGCAGCCAUCACAGGUCCGGAGAUCCAGAAGGUUCUGGGCACCAUGGUGAAGGUGAUGAGGAGGCUGGAGUGCGUGGGGCUGAGUGCGCCUCAGAUCGGCGUGCCGCUCCGCAUCCUGAUGCUUGAAUAUCCGCAGAAGCUGCUUGAGGAGGUGUCUCCUGCAGCCAGGGAGGCCCGGGCUCUCUCGGUGCAGCCCCUCAGGGUCUUUGUGAACCCGGUGCUGCGGGUUCUGGACAGUCGGACGGUCCAGUUUCAGGAGGCCUGUGAGAGCAUCUCCGGCUUUUCUGCCACCGUGCCUCGCUUCCUGUCGGUGGAGGUGUCCGGCCUGAAUGAAAAAGGCGACGCCGUCACCUGGCGUGCCAGCGGCUGGCCCGCUCGCAUCGUCCAGCACGAGAUGGACCACCUGGACGGGCUCCUCUACAUCGACCGCAUGGACACCAAGACCUUCAUCAACAUCAACUGGCAGGAGCAGAACGAGUAACGGGCCGGGCCGAAGUUCUGCUUCAGGACGGAAGCCCUGAAGGACACGGGGACUUUAAUCCUGUAUCUGAUGACCCAAACGGGUCAGCUGUGAAUAAUAAAGUCUAAGAAGGAUUAAA